AUGUCGAAUCUUUUACGGACGUUGUUCCUCCUCGCCCUUCCCCUCGCUACCCUCCAAGCCACCCCCGUGAAGCCAGGGACCAACGUCGAUAUCGUACCAUUCGGCUCGCUUCCACUAUGCGCCCAAAGCUGCGGCAAGCUCUUUGACGUGGCAUACUCUUGUAUCCCCCCAGCGACCCCCGCGCCAGACACAAGCUGCUUCUGCAAAGAUGCCCGUACGACCUCGGUGGGACUGUCUGGCACUGCCAACACGUGCGCUGCUGUGUGCCCCGUCGCAGCCGAUCUGACGGCUAUUCAGACAUGGUACAACGGGCUAUGCGCAUCGGGUGGCACGACACCAACUACGACGACUGGGAGUAACGGCGCUGGAAGCACAGACACGGGAUCGACAGAUACUGGAAGCACGGGAGGUUCGACUGGAACUGAUGGCAGCACAGUCACGGCCCCCAAGAAGAAGACUUGGAUGGAGGCUCACUAUCAAUAUGUCAUCAUGAUUGUCAUCAUCGUUGUCGCUAUUGUCGGUGGCUGGAUCGCAGCAGCGUUCUUCCGCCGCAGGUACCUACGCAAGCGUGAACUGAACUAUGAGAUGAGGCCGCCGACUGCACCUUGGGUUACGGGCCAUUCGGGCCCUACCGGUCCCUAUGGCGGCGGCGGCUUUGGAGACGGCUCGGCAGGAAAGGAAGCCGCAAUGAUGACGACGCCGAUGACAGCGGCACAGGUGAAGAAGGAGAAGAAGAAGUGGUUUGUAAGUGAGAGGACGUGA